AUGGUUCAAUCCUCCGUUCUCGGCUUCCCUCGCAUGGGACGCCUGCGAGACCUGAAGAAGGCCAACGAGGCCUACUGGGGCGAGAAGCUGUCCCGCGACGACCUCAUCGCCGAGGGCAAGAGGCUGCGCGAGGAGCACUGGAAGAUCCAGAAGGACGCCGGCGUCGACGUCAUCCCCAGCAAUGACUUCGCCUUCUACGACCACGUCCUCGACCACAUCCAGCUCUUCGGCGCCGUCCCAGAGCGCUACAGCAAGCACAGGCUGCACCCAUUGGACGAGUACUUCGCCAUGGGCCGUGGUCACCAGAAGGGCAACGUCGAUGUUCCCUCCCUCGAGAUGGUCAAGUGGUUCGACUCCAACUACCACUACGUCAAGCCCACUCUGCAGGACAACCAGACCUUCACCCUCACCGAGAACCCAAAGCCCAUCGCCGAGUUCAACGAGGCCAAGGCUCUAGGCAUCACCACCCGCCCCGUCAUCCUCGGUCCCGUCUCCUUCCUGGCCCUCGGUAAGGCAGACCGUGGCCAGAGCGUCGACCCAAUCACUCUCCUCGACAACCUUCUCCCCGUCUACGAGGAGCUCCUCACCAAGCUCAAGGCCGCCGGUGCCGACACGGUCCAGAUCGACGAGCCCGUCCUCGUUUUCGACCUGCCAUCCAAGGUCCGCCAGGCUUUCAAGCCUGCCUACGAGAAGCUCACUGCUCUCCAAGGCAACAAGGGCCCACAGCUCGUCCUCGCCACCUACUUCGGUGACAUCGUCCACAACUUUGACGUUGUCGACGCUGCCUUGACCGGCACCUACGCUCUGCACGUCGACUUGGUCCGCCACCCGGAACAGCUCGAGAAGGUCAUCCAGCACCUCGGCCCCAAGCAGAUUCUCUCGGCCGGUGUCGUCGACGGCCGUAACAUUUGGAAGACCAAGUUCAAGAGCGCCAUUGAGCUGCUCGAGAACGCCAUCCAGAAGCUUGGCAAGGACCGUGUCAUCGUGGCUACCUCCAGCUCUCUCCUCCACACUCCACACACCCUCGCCAGCGAGAAGAACCUCGACGAGGAGGUUCGCGACUGGUUCUCCUUCGCCAGCGAGAAGGCCGUCGAGGUCGCCAUUCUCGCCAAGGCUGUCAACCAGGGCCCAGACUCCGUCCGCGCCGAGCUCGAAGCCAACGCCAAGAGCCACAAGUCACGUGCCGAGUCCAAGAGGACCAACGACCCCGCCGUCAAGGAGCGCAUUUCCAAGGUUCAGAAGUCCGACUACGAGCGCAAGAGCCCUUUCCCCACCCGUAUCGCCGCGCAGAAGGCCCACCUCAACCUGCCGGAAUUCCCAACUACCACCAUCGGCUCCUUCCCUCAGACCAAGGACAUCCGUAUCAUGCGCAACAAGUUCACCAAGGGCGAGAUCACACCCGAGGAGUAUGAGAAGUUCAUUGAGAAGGAGAUCCAGGACUGCGUCUCCAUCCAGGAGGAGCUGGGUCUCGACGUCUUCGUCCACGGUGAGCCAGAGCGUAACGACAUGGUCCAGUACUUCGGUGAGCAGCUUUCCGGCUACGUCUUCACCACCCACGCCUGGGUGCAGUCUUACGGCUCGCGAUGCGUCCGUCCACCAAUCCUCGUCGGUGACGUCUCUCGUCCCAAGCCAAUGACCGUCAAGGAGAGCAAGUACGCCGCCAGCAUCAGCAAGAAGCCCAUGAAGGGUAUGCUUACUGGCCCAAUCACUUGCUUGCGAUGGUCCUUCCCUCGUGACGACGUCCACCAGUCCAUCCAGGCUGCUCAGCUCGCCCUCGCCCUCCGCGACGAGGUCGUCGACCUCGAGAAGGCCGGCGUCAACGUCAUCCAGGUCGAUGAGCCAGCUCUGCGUGAGGGUCUUCCCCUCCGUGCCGGCGCUGAGCGUGAGAAGUACCUCCAGUGGGCCGUCGACAGCUUCAAGCUGUCCACUGCUGGUGUCGAGGACUCCACUCAGAUCCACUCUCACUUCUGCUACUCCGAAUUCCAGGACUUCUUCCACGCCAUCGCCGCCCUCGAUGCCGACGUCCUCUCCAUCGAGAACAGCAAGUCGGACGCCAAGCUCCUCAAGGUCUUCAUCGACGAGGCCUACCCCCGUCACAUUGGCCCAGGUGUCUACGACAUCCACAGCCCACGUGUGCCAUCGGAGCAGGAGAUCCGCGACCGCAUCUCGGAGAUGCUGCAGUACCUCAAGCCCGAGCAGCUCUGGAUCAACCCUGACUGUGGUCUCAAGACCCGUCAAUGGAAGGAGACCAAGGCCGCUCUGACCAACAUGGUCAACGCCGCCAAGUACUUCCGUGAGCAGCACGCCAAAUAG